GUUUUAUUUUUACCGGGUCGCCUUGAAUGUUGCACCGCCAAGUUUUCAAUGAGAAGACGGAAUAGUUUUCGUUUUCAAUUUCGUUUUGUUUACAUCCAGAAUCUUGAGCUAAGAUGGAUUUAAAAUUGUUGGUUUUAGUGGGUAGUUUAGUUUAUUUCUUAGAUGCUUUACCUGUGAUAAUAGAAAUAGAAAAUUUCAUAGAUGACUGGAACUACCAAAUAGAGCCUAACAGCGUUCCACUGUUAAAUAGUACAGGGAAAAGACACGUAUUGCCCACAACCAGGGUAAUCAUAAAUGAAACACAUCAUAUUCAAAAAAUAAAACCCAGAAGGUCAAAAGCCGUAGGAAAUGUGGUGAAGUCCAAAAUAUCGUGUAGCUCAUGUAAAAUAGGUGCAAAUCUGUUGUUAAACGAAGUAAACAGAGGCUCGGAAUUCGAAGUCAUCAAACAAAAAUUUGUCGGCAUCUGUUCCGGCUUAAGACUGGAAAGUACCAAGGUCUGUACCGGAGUUUUCGAUGUUUACGGACCUCAUGUGGUACCGGUACUUCAAACAGUCAAAUUGGAGCCUUUGGAGAUUUGCAGUUUAUUGCUAGGCGAACCUUGCGGCGAUGUUUCCAUUCCUAAGCACGAGUGGACUGUACAAUUGCCAGAAACCCCAAAGCCAGAUGUUACCAGUUCCCCCAUACCAGAGCCAGGUAUGCCAACCUUUAAGGUCCUGCAUCUGUCCGACACCCAUUUUGAUCCUGAAUACGUAGCAGGCUCUCCUGCGAACUGCGAGGAACCGCUAUGUUGCAGGAUUGACAGCACACCAUCGACAAAAGAAGCGAUCAUUCCAGCAGGAUUAUGGGGUUCGUACCAGAAAUGUGACUCACCCGGUAAUAUUAUCACGAAUAUGCUUAAACAUAUUGCACAACAACACCCUGAUAUAGAUUUUAUAAUUUGGACUGGAGAUUUACCGCCUCAUGAUGUAUGGAAUACUACUAGAACGGGAAAUUUGGAUAUAAUAAAAAAAAUGUCACAAGAAAUGUUUGAUACUUUCCCCAAUACACCUAUUUUUCCUGCUUUGGGUAACCAUGAGUCAAGCCCUGCAGGAAGUUUUGCUCCACCAUGGAUGAAGGAUGAAACCCAUGGAAUAAGCUGGCUAUACGGUCAAAUCCAAGACCAAUGGAAAAAAUGGCUGCCAUCCUCCUCGGAAAAUACACUUCUGCAUGGAGGGUUCUACUCGGUUUUGUUGACGCCCGGUUUUAGGUUGAUUUCGUUAAAUAAUAAUUACUGUCAUACACUGAGUUGGUGGCUAUUAGUGAAUAGUACAGAUCCAGCUUCAGAGUUGACUUGGUUGGUAUAUGAGCUGGAACAAGCUGAAAUAAAAGGAGAAAAAGUACACAUUAUAGGACACAUUCCUCCUGGAAGCUCCGACUGCAUGAAAGUCUGGUCCAAGAACUACAACGUGAUCGUGAACCGUUUCGAAAACACCAUCGUGGCUCAAUAUUACGGCCACAGUCACGCGGACGAGUUCGAAGUUUUCUACGAAAUGCCGAAAAACAGUAGGGCUACAAGUGUCGCCUAUUUGGGACCGUCGGUUACCACCUACGAAAAUUAUAAUCCUGCCUACAGGAUUUAUUAUGUAGAUGCUAAUGAUACAAGGGUAAGUUCGAAAAGUAAUGGAUAAAUUAAUUUUUAACAUUAAAAGAUAUCCCAUCUACAACUACUAUUAAACGAAAUUUAGGUAAGGCGAGUUUCUUAUAUGUUGUGGUGGUGGUUUGUAAUUUGUGGUUAUGGUAGUUUAAAAAGUAUAGGUACCAAAAAUAAUCGGUCCCUUGUUAACUGAUCAGUCCAUAAACCAUUUUUAGAACUAUGUUCCACUUUUAUAGGAAGUUAUGGACCACGAAACAUGGACCUUCGACUUGGACGAAGCCAACAGAGAAAAUUCCGAACCAAAAUGGUAUAGACUUUACUCGGCUAAAAGUGCAUACGGAAUGGAAUCCCUUAGAGCCUCAGAAUGGUCCAAAUUAAUUGAAAAUAUGAUCGAAAACGAAGAUUUAUUUGACUACUUUUAUAAAAAUUAUUACAGAGAUAGCCCAACGAAGCCCGGUUGCGAUCAAGACUGUAAACUACAACUAUUAUGUGACCUUAGAACAGGAAGAUCGCAAAGCAGAGAAGAACUUUGUCAUGAUUUAGAAUAUGAUUUUAGAUUGUAAGUGUAAAAAUAAAA